AGAGCUUUCAGGCUGAGCAUUGAAGUUUCAGUGGUGCUGGUGUAGUUUAUACAGGGUAUCACUAAGUGGUUGCAUCCCUACUUCUCAAACAGAAUGCAGUACACUGUAUACAAAGGUAAAUCCUCCUAUGCUGUGUUCACUAAAGCUGGUGUCUCCCAAGGUGCUGUACUCACCCCACUUCUCUUUUCUUCCUUUCUACAAGACUUACCAUCUUCAGAUGACAUUAAUUUUGUUGAAUAUGCCGACGACCUGAUUGUAUCUUUUCCUGUCAAGUGUCAAAGUGACUGCUCCAGACUAAAUGGCUUUUUAUCAGAAAUCAGCAAGUGGUCCAAGAAAAACGGUCUAACCUUAAACCCCUCCAAAUGCCAAACAGUCAAUUUCACUUUUAGGCAUAAGUCUGACCUAAGCAAACUGGUUAGCACUCACGAGGUGUGCAACAGUGAUGGCACUGAAACAUAAACCGAGUCAGAAAUCGAAUAGCUUGGCGUCAUUC